ACCAAAAGUCUGAUUUCAAAACAAAGUUCGGAGGACGUUAUCACGGUAAUGAUUCGUAUACUGACCAGCACUAGUGGUACAUAUAGCAGAAAAAUGUCUUCCAUAUCGUCUGCAUUACAUAAUGUUUUGGAAAAAAUGGAGACUGCCACAUCAAAGAGAAAUAAGGCGGUGAAGGAGGAGAUGGCAGUGACCCCCAGACUUGUUGCUGUGUCAAAGACAAAGCCCGUCAGUUCCAUAGUGGAGGCCUACAGGAGUGGACAAAGGCACUUCGGGGAAAAUUACGUCAAUGAGCUAUCCCAAAAGUCCAGUGACCCAGAAAUCCUUGCUGAAUGUGAGGAUAUACGAUGGCACUUCAUUGGACAUCUGCAGAGAAACAAAUCUGGUGUUCUAAUCUCCUGUCCCAAUCUUUAUAUGGUGGAGACAGUUGAAUCGAUCAAAAUUGCAAACACGUUGAACAAACAAUGGGAGUCCAGAAAUAAACAAGGGAAGCUUAGAGUGAUGGUUCAGGUCAACACCAGCAUGGAAGAUAACAAACAUGGAUGUAAUGAAGAGGAAAUGGCGAGCGUUGUCAAAGAGAUCAAAGAAAAUUGUCCCCACCUGGAGUUUGCAGGUCUGAUGACCAUUGGGUCAUUUAACCAUGACAUCACAAAGGGACCCAACCCAGACUUUCUGAAAUUAUCACGAUGUCGAGAUAAAGUCUGCCAGGAAUUACAGCUGGAGGAACAGGAAGUAGAACUCAGCAUGGGGAUGUCAGGAGACUACGAGCAUGCAAUUGAAUUGGGAAGUACAAAUGUACGCAUAGGUUCCACCAUAUUUGGAGCGAGAGAACCCAAAAAUCCUAAUGUAACUAAAGACAAUCCCGACUCGCAGGUCAACUCGGGGUCAGGGAGCAAGUCCAACACCAGCAAUACUGAUAAUUCUCAAGGAAAUGCAGAAUCUGUGUUAAAAGCUGGUGAAAAACUAUGUCAGAUGUCGAUAGGUACUAGUGUAUAAAGUCUAGAAACAGUAUUGUGAUUAUAAUCUUUUUGUAUCUAGAUUCUCCAUUAAGUUAUUACUAUAGUCAGUGAGGACCAUUUUGGGUCCAUGCUACUUGUAAUUAAACAGAGUGUAGUGUGAAAUUAAAAUGAAUGUGGUAUGUUUGUGAUGUGUAUGUUAAAAGUUCAUGUAUGCUGUAUUAAAGGAAAAAAUGAGACACUGAG